CGUCACGCGGGAGGGACGGCGGCAUCGUCGCGGUGUCGCUGCCGCCGCAUUUACGUGCUCCUCCGAGGAGCCGGCGGCGGUUGAGCACAUAGCUUAGUCCCAUAAAAACAAGGGCAGCCAUGAAAUCAUCUAUAGUUUUCUCCACCAUUUGCUUGGUCCUCUUGUGCCAUGGCUCAUUAGCCCAGCUUCUUAGCCAGAGUACUAGCCAAUGGCAGAGUUCUCGCCGUGGAAGUCCAAGACAGUGCCGAUUUGAUCAGUUGCAAGCAUUCGAGCCGAUUCGCACUGUAAGGUCCCAAGCUGGUGUAACUGAGUUCUAUGAUGUCUCUAACGAGUUGUUCCAAUGUACUGGAGUAUCUGUUGUUCGUCGAGUCAUUGAGCCUAGAGGUCUUCUGCUACCUCACUACUCCAAUGGAGCAACUUUGGUCUAUAUCAUCCAAGGUAGAGGUAUAACAGGGCCAACCUUUCCAGGAUGUCCUGAGACCUAUCAACAGCAAUUCCAGCAAUCUGGGGAAGCCCAACCAUUUGAGGGCCAAAGCCAUAAAUUUAGAGAUGAGCAUCAAAAGAUCCAUCGAUUCCGACAAGGAGAUGUAGUUGCAUUGCCUGCUGGUGUAGCUCAUUGGUGCUACAAUGAUGGUGAAGUACCAAUUGUUGCCAUAUAUGUCACAGAUAUAUACAACAGUGCUAACCAACUUGAUCCUAGACACAGGGAUUUCUUUUUAGCUGGCAACAAUAAGGUAGCUCAACAACUGUAUAGAUCUGAGGCAAGGGAGAAUUCGAAGAACAUUUUCGGUGGCUUUAGUGUUGAACUACUUAGUGAGGCUCUUGGCAUAAGUCGUGGAGUAGCAAGACAACUCCAGUGCCAAAAUGACCAAAGAGGAGAAAUAGUUCGUGUUGAGCAUGGUCUUGCAUUGCUCCAACCAUAUGCAUCAGUACAAGAGCAACAACAAGAACAGGUGCAAUCAAGAGACUAUGAACAAACACAAUAUCAACAAAAACAACCUCAAGGUAGUUGCUCUAAUGGUUUGGAUGAGACCUUUUGUACCAUGAGACUAAGGCAAAAUAUUGAUAACCCAAACCUUGCCGAUACGUACAACCCCAAAGCAGGAAGAAUCACAUAUCUAAAUGGUCAAAAGUUCCCAAUUCUUAAUCUCGUACAGAUGAGUGCUGUCAAAGUAAAUCUAUACCAGAACGCAGUCCUUUCGCCUUUCUGGAACAUCAAUGCUCAUAGUGUUGUGUAUAUUACUCAAGGUCGUGCCCGGGUUCAAGUUGUCAACAACAAUGGAAAGACGGUAUUCGAUGGAGAACUUCGCCAGGGGCAGCUGCUAAUCAUACCACAACAUCAUGUUGUUCUGAAAAAGGCUCAAAGAGAAGGAUGCUCAUAUAUUGCAUUGAAAACCAACCCUAACUCCAUUGUUAGCCACAUCGCAGGAAAGAACUCUAUCUUCCGUGCGCUUCCUGGUGAUGUUGUCACAAAUGCAUAUCGUAUCUCAAGAGAAGAAGCUAAGAGGAUCAAGCACAACAGGGGAGACGAGUCGGGCGUGUUUGCUCCUAGUCAUGCCUACAGGAGCUACCAAGAUAUGUCAGUGGCUGCAUAAGCAAGAAAUCUCUAUCAUACCCCUUGGAUUGAUAGGGAAGGCCUUCGAAUAAACUAUGAGAAAUAAAACAAUUGCGUGCUUGUAGCUUUGCAGCUCUGUAACAAUAAACGGUUGGAAGAAUAUGGAAUAAUAAAUUUGUAUUCCUUCUAAGUA